UUCAACAACUGUGCGCGGUCCUGAGGCCGGUGAGUACUUGGACGAUAGGCGUCUCGUCUCCAGUACAGCGCAAAUGUGGAAACACUGUAGCUAACGAGUGAAGGACUGUAGAAUUGGAGCGGAAUCCCUUGUGGAUUACGUCGCGGUAGCUAGCUACAAUAUUAAAAGGAUAUUUAAUCAAAGUUUCUUUGUCUAGGCUGCGUGGUCAGAGGAAGGGAGGGAGGCAGGCAGGCAGGAUGGUGUCAGCCCUACUGGAGGUGGAGCUGUAAUCUGAGAAGGGCUGAGCCCAGGAGAAGGGCCCCACUCCUCAGAAGGGAGAAAGAGGGUGGGGGAGAGCGUGAGCAUGCGCUCUCCAGUCAUUGGACUCCUUAGCCUACAGGGAGCAGUGCAGGCGUCAGGCAAGGGGGACUGCUCUGUGGUGCUUAGCCAGGACUGUCUGUUUCACCCUACUGCCUGCCUGGGAGAUCCCCCCCCCCCCUCUCUCUGCCUGGAGCGGCUGACUUCUCCACUGACUGACUGGAUCACUCAGAGGAUACAGUAGGGAGUGGUUACUUACACCAGGGUUUGACUGCACUUUCAGGAGAAGGAGACUGCCAGUGUUUUCCUUAGCUUCCUCUUCAACGUGCUCCAUUUCUUUCCCUGGCUGGGCAGGCCGCUGCCUGCUAGGCUCUGGGAGCUGGAUAUACUUGUAACAUUCCUGGAUUACAGCUACGUGUUUAUUUUUUUUCUUCUCUAUUUGUCCCCCUCCGACCCGUGGCUCCUCCACCCUUCCUUGGCCUUUUCCUAGGCUGCACUUAAAAGAGGAUUUUUGGCUCUUAAGACUCCAGCCUCCUGCCCUCUGCCGUGCUGGUGAAAGAAGUGCCUGAAUCGGAGUGUCUGGCUCUGUUUGAGGCGUCCAGCCCGCCAAGGUGUCUGGCCCUGGACCCCCAGGCUCUGAGUGCAGUAGUACAUCUGUUUUCCGAUGGGGGUUUAAGUAGAGCCCUAGAGAGAGGGAGAGUGACCGGAAAGGAUCUGCUCUCGGUUAUGGGCUGUUUUUGUUUCUAUGGAAAAAUCGCAAUGAAGAGUUCCCUCACACUCUCCCUAUGUCGGGCAGAGCUAAUGUUCAGCCCAUGAACUCAUGGAAGGGGGUGCUCAAGCUCUUCACGUGCAUAGCUGCUAGAACAACCGCCAACAAACCUAAAGAGUUACCCACAUUUCAAGAGAAGAAGAAAGCCUUAUUUGGGAAUCUUAUGGACGAAGAAAUGAGUCGCCAGACCGCCACAGCGCUGCCCACAGGAACCUCCAAGUGUGCCCCCUCCCAGCGUGUCCCCACCCUGUCUGGCACUACGGCCUCUAACAGCGACCUGGCCAGCCUGUUUGAGUGCCCCGUCUGCUUCGACUAUGUGUUGCCCCCCAUCCUGCAGUGCCAGAGCGGCCACCUGGUCUGCAGCAACUGCCGGCCCAAGCUCACCUGCUGCCCCACCUGCCGGGGCCCGCUGGGCUCCAUCCGGAACCUGGCCAUGGAGAAGGUGGCCAACUCUGUGCUGUUCCCCUGCAAGUAUGCGUCGUCGGGCUGCGAGGUGACGCUGCCCCACACAGACAAGGCGGAGCACGAGGAGCUGUGUGAGUUCCGGCCGUACUCCUGCCCCUGCCCAGGGGCCUCCUGUAAGUGGCAGGGCUCGUUGGAUGCGGUCAUGCCCCACCUCAUGCACCAGCACAAAUCCAUCACCACGCUGCAGGGCGAGGACAUAGUGUUCCUAGCCACGGACAUUAACCUGCCUGGGGCAGUGGACUGGGUCAUGAUGCAAUCCUGCUUCGGCUUCCACUUUAUGCUGGUCCUGGAGAAGCAGGAGAAGUACGACGGCCACCAGCAGUUCUUUGCCAUCGUGCAGCUGAUCGGCACGCGGAAGCAGGCAGAAAACUUUGCCUACCGCCUGGAGCUCAACGGGCAUCGGCGACGGCUCACCUGGGAGGCCACGCCCCGCUCCAUCCACGAGGGCAUCGCCACGGCCAUUAUGAACAGCGACUGCCUAGUGUUUGACACCUCCAUCGCGCAGCUGUUCGCUGAGAACGGUAACCUGGGCAUCAACGUCACCAUAUCCAUGUGCUGAGGACUGUCAGGUGGACAGCCACUAACACACACUUUCUCCAUCUUUCUCACUCUCUCACACUCACACUCUCACACACACACACACACAUACUCGGACACAUUUCAGACACUACAGGACACCUGGAGUUGUACCUGGGGGGGUUUGGAGGA